GGUUUGACAGUCAGUUCAGUCAGAAGUAAACACCAAAAGCGAACUGAAAAACAUGCGACAAGUAAAUAACAGUUCCUGUGGAAUUUUGAAUUAACAAACCAUUCAAAUUACAACCAGAAACAUGAAUACCGGAUUGUGGUUCCGCUUGCGGUAUGCCUUUGAACGUUUAGAACAAAUUCUGCCCAGUUUGCUCGGAUUUCCUGGGAAUCGAUUUCCCCCCACUGGUGCCCUGGCGUUAGUUGGAAUCGAGGGAAGCCGGCCGCCAGUUGAAACAGGGAAAACUUUCAGCAUCAAGGACUUGAUCGGGGAUGGACUGCUGUGGGCCGUUCCGAAGCACCGUCGAACGAUCGAGAAACGACUCAAGCGCAAGUACGGUACUCCGGAAUACAAGUUGAAAAUUUUCACCCCCAAGACACACCUCCGGAUUUGUACAUCGUGCGGAAGUGAUCACGAGGUGGGAGUGCUUUGCCCAACGUGCUACAAAAAGGUCCGCACGGAAACCGAGCUAAUGCAGGAGAAGAUCCAAGCCAAACUGGGACUGGAACCGGUAGACAAGGAGGUAAUUGUUCUGUACGACCGGGAAAGGGAGGAGCAACCGGAAGAAUUCUGGCAGGGCAAACGGAUCGUCGAGAUGGAGAAGAGCCGGCCGGUGUGGUUUAGUAAGAAUCUGUUGCAGAGAACCACCCAACAAUCGGCCGAUACGGUCGAAGUCAAGCCGGAAACGGAGAAGCUGGGUUAGUCAAGGUGAAGAAUAAAUUGUUCUAAACUGAA